AUGGAUCUGGAGAACAGCCAGGCCACCCAGGAAAAUGCCCUCGACCCACGGCGUCUGGGUGGCCAGAAUUCUGGGUUCUCGGACGAGGACAUCUCUGAUAUCAUAUGUCUUCUGCUCCCAUACUCAGAAGCAGCCCGCCGGCAGCUGCGGAAUAUCGCCGCAACCGAGAACGCCAACCGCAUCGUCGAGCGCGAAAAUGUCGGCCAGCUAGACCUCGACUACGCCCUGGAGGAAGACAUGCGCGAUAUCGCCCGUAUACAGCCUGUCCUUGGCGAGCACUACAUCGCCCUGAGAUUCUCGACGCCCGUAAAGGAUCCCCUCCAGGGAUUUACUUUUGGCCGCAACCCCACCCUCUGUGAUGUUUGUUUCCGCAACGACCCGCGCCGUCGCCUGAGCAAUGUGCACUUUCGCAUCUAUCUUAACGAGUUUGGCGUGCUGAUGCUGGAGGACUUGUCGACAAACGGAACCUCGGUCGACGAGGUUCUGCUAAAGAAGAAAGACAGCCCGGCAAGGGAGACAAAGCGGACGCUGCAGAGCGGCUCCAAAAUUCAAAUCUUUAUGCACCAAGACAGCAUGGACCUCGUCUUCAUUGUCCGCAUUCCCAUCCGUCAUGGCGCCUGUCAGGAGGCCUACGAGCGCAACUUGCAAGCGUACAUGGCCCAGCGCGAACGGCUGGCAAACGAGACAAUUGUGCCUGGGCCAGGGGGUCGUGUUGACAUUUUUAAGCCGGCAGCCCAGAAGAAUGGAGAGCGCAACGUCAACAAAGUUGUUGCUCGUCGAGAACAAGCUGACGGCAUGCCGGUUAAACAGCCCUCUCGCCUCCGCACAGAGGCCAUUCCGCGCCCCUGGAAUGGAUCUAACAAGUACAACCGGGUGUGCGAGAUUGGCCGAGGUGCUUUUGCCACUGUCUACAAAGUCACGCUGAAGCUCACUGGUCAUCCGUAUGCGGCCAAGGAGCUGGAUAAGCGCAGGUUCAUGAAGAACGGCGUUUUGGACCAGAAGGUCGAGAAUGAGAUGAAAAUCAUGCAGAAAGUCAAGCAUCCGCACAUCGUGAACUACAUCGAACACCUUGACUGGGAUGACCGGCUGCUCAUUAUCAUUAUGGACUUUGUUGGCGGCGGUGACCUUGGCAAGUUGAUUGCUGAGCAUGGCCCGCUCUCUGAACCUGCUACAAAGAUUAUGGCAAGGCAACUGCUGGAUGCCCUUGGCUAUCUUCACAGCAUGAAUAUCACUCACCGCGACGUGAAGCCGGACAACAUCCUUGUCCAGUCAUUCGACCCCUUCGUCGUGAAGCUGACAGACUUUGGCCUGUCCAAGAUGGUCGACAACGACCAGACCUUCCUCCGGACUUUCUGCGGCACCCUUCUGUAUUGUGCCCCUGAAGUCUACUCCGAAUAUGCCGAAUACGAUAACCAUGGCCGGCGCCAUCCCCGGAAUCGUCGGCUGCGCCCAGCCACUGGUCCGAGAUACCACAACGCGGUCGAUGUGUGGUCUCUAGGCGGCGUCUUGUUUUACGCCUUGACGAAGACACCGCCUUUCCCUGCAAGAAAUGGAGCAAGCCACUCCGAACUGCUGCAUCAGAUCAUGACGAAGCCGUUGAACGUUGAGCCGCUCAAGCAGGCUAACAUCUCAAAUGAAGGCAUUGAUUUCUUGAAGCGCAUGCUGAAUCGCCGUCCUGAGAAUCGAGCUACGAUUCCAGAGCUGUUGAAUCAUCCAUGGCUCGAGGGUGUGGCUCUUCCGCCUAUUGAUCAAGUGGCAGAUGAGGAGCUGCCCGCAAACGCGUCACAGCUGAGCCUCGAAGAUAAUGCGAAUGAGACGGAAGGAGCCGACGAUGUUGAGCUCCAGGUUCCGAGCGAUGAUGAAAUCAAUGAUGAGGACGACGAGGAGGUCGUCCGCCAGACCGACCAUGAAGAUGAGGGUGAGUCAGAAAAAGAAAACCAAACCCUCGGGCCUGCCAACGGCCGUCAACGUCGACUAUUUGGUGAAGUCAACCCUUCCGCAGUUGGCUCGUCCGGUGGCAUUCGGGCAGAACGACUGAACCUCCCUGUGACGGCUCCGAGCUCCGAGUCAUCAAGAGAAACAGAAGUUCUCGAGCGUCCUGCCGAAAUCAAAGACAGCUUCGAGUCUGACAGUGAUUCCACACCUCGUCAGCCGACUUCAAGGCUUCCUCCGGGUGCUGGGGGAAGUCGACGUGGGUCACUUCGUUCAAUCAACUCGAACGAGAGCAGAUCGGUUGAGGAGCUCAACAACAUGACUUUUGACGUGGCCUCGCAAAGUUUGGGCGGCGCUGAGUCAAUCCUCGGCAAUCUCAACAUGAAGUCACGCGCCGCCUCAGCUGCCCCAUCCCAUUCCAUCGGCGACGUAACCUCAAGCAAACGGAAGCCACCCUCGGAUCUUGGUGAAGAAGGGGAGGCUCAAGCUACGGAAUCCCGGCGUACCCUCAAGAGGCUGCGCUCUCAACCUGCCGCUCCCCCGGCCAUCCUCGACCUUCCAGUGGCCCCGGGAGAGUAUGAACUGCUUGUUCAGGUCCCAUGCAUCCGGAAUCACUCAUGUCGGCAGAUCGAUAAUCCUGUGCAUAAAUCUACGUUCUGGUCGGCCCGGGACAGAUCGACGUGGCAUCUUAACUACCCAGAAAUGACCCAGCUGCAGUUUGACGCUUUCAAUAUGGCAGCAGCAGCAAGGAAUGAGGAGUUUGGCCCAGGUAAAACUCCCCUUUGGAGCCUUGCCGUUAAGUACUUCCCGCCCACGAACCGUGAGCGUGUUGGAGAUAAGUCAAGGGUACCCCGCCGCCCCUUGGAUGACCUCAGGCUCCCGCCAACGGCUGGCCGGAAUGGCAUCUCUGAUGAUGUGCCAGAUACGCAGCGGUGCCAAGAUAUUCGCCCUCCCAUGCCCAUAUUCUCGGAACCUGGCCGGCCUGUGAUCGCAUGCCUUCAGUCAGCGGCUGUCUCCGCCAUCCAGGGCAUUUCGGUGCUGAUCACCGAAGCCAUGAUAUCAUGGGGUAGGGCCAUGAGCAACACUCGCUCCUACAUCCCCCGAACUGAAGGGAAAGUGCCCAAGAACGCGUUGAAGAUCCUCCUCUGGAAGCCCGGCUUCGACCCAGUGAAGAACUUCCGCCCGUGGAACCGCCAAGGCGAGGAUGAAGAGUCUCUGUAUUUCUACAUCGCUACCAAGGCAACGCAGGGCAUCUCGAUCAACGGCGUUCCCCUCCCGUCUUGGAAUCCCAAGGCGACCGACGAUGCCUGCCGAUACUGGAUGCGCCUGCACGACGGCGACCGUAUCACCGUCUGGCAAACCGCCGACGGCCUCACGCGCACCGAGCUCAUCUUCUGGUGCGGCUGGGGCGGCAGCUCAAAGCCGCGCGGCUCGGCGAGCGUCAACCGCCCGUGCCUCGUCGCCGACGACAUCGCCCAGCAGCUCGACGAGGUGUGCUACCGCGCUGAACGUAAGAUGCGCGGCUUGAGCGAGCACGACCUCAAGAUGGAGGAAGCCAAUCACGACCUGGAGGUCCGGCUAGCCCACAUCGAUGCCGAGCGCCAGCGUUCCCGCGACUUCGAAGUGCGUCGCCAGGAGGCUUGUCGUGCCCUGGGUGUUAACCCACAUCGUCGUCACAGCCCGCCUGUUGGCGUGGGCCUGACGAUCUGCAGCGCCGCCGCUGCUGCUGCAAAUGGUGAAGGGUCCUCUUCUGUUGCUGGGGGGUAUUCGUCGUAUAAUCGGACUGUGCCGGCACUCCGUCAUACCUCCCCUCCUACAGCGUCGGACUUGCUGAGGGCUGCCAGAGGAGGUUGA